AUGCGUAUUCAUGGUGUGGAUGCCAAGGCCUACUUCUACUUUGCAUUGAACUCCGGAUCCCUAAUCUCCAACACAUGGACCAUCGGAUUCAUCGCCUCCGCUGUCCUCGAUCGCACUCCUUCCUUCUCUACCUUGCCGGCACGCCGCUACAUCAAGCCCUGUGGGAACCCCCUGCCACGUGUCGCCUCCUUCAGAAAGCGGAAGGUCGUGCCGCCGGAGAAUCCCCAUGAUUUGUACGAGCUUCAAGGUGCUGACUCGGCUAUCAAAGGCAGCCGCGCGCAAGAUCCUUCACACCAAUCAGAUAUUGUAAUUAAUUCAAUCCUCUAG